GGCGCGAGAAAGACGCGGCCCCAGCCUCCGCCGCCUCCGCUGUCAGAGUCCCGCGGUCACCGCCGAGAGCGCGCCGGCGCUGCCGCCACAGCCGCCGGGAACCAGGAGGCGGCGCCGGGCGGCCCAGCUAGGGCGCUGCAGGGUCGCGAGGAAGUUUGUUGGCCCGGAACCAAGCACGCCGUCGGGCACGCUAGCUCCCCGAGAGCAGGCGGGCGCAUCCGUGGCCACUUGUUCACAUGGUUUCAAGGCACAAUGAGACUCACUGGCCCUUGGAAACUUUGGCUUUGGAUGUCAAUAUUCCUGCUUCCUGCUUCCACUUCCGUGACCAUUAGGGACAAGACAGAAGAGUCAUGCCCUAUCCUGAGAAUAGAGGGACAUCAGCUGACAUAUGACAACAUAAACAAACUUGAAGUUUCAGGUUUUGAUCUAGGAGACAGCUUUUCUCUAAGACGUGCAUUUUGUGAAAGUGAUAAAACCUGUUUCAAAUUGGGAAGUGCACUUCUUAUUCGAGACACUAUUAAGAUAUUUCCCAAAGGCCUUCCUGAGGAGUACUCAGUAGCUGCCAUGUUUCGAGUACGAAGAAACGCCAAAAAGGAACGGUGGUUUCUGUGGCAGGUUUUAAACCAGCAGAAUAUUCCACAGAUUUCUAUAGUAGUUGAUGGUGGAAAGAAGGUGGUGGAAUUUAUGUUUCAAGCCACAGAGGGAGAUGUGUUGAACUACAUUUUUAGAAAUCGAGAACUCCGUCCUUUGUUUGAUCGUCAGUGGCACAAACUUGGCAUUAGUAUACAAUCCCAGGUCAUUUCACUUUAUAUGGAUUGUAAUUUAAUUGCGAGGAGGCAGACUGAUGAAAAGGACACUGUGGAUUUCCAUGGACGGACAGUUAUUGCUACGCGAGCUUCAGAUGGCAAGCCUGUGGAUAUUGAACUUCACCAACUUCAAAUCUACUGCAGUGCAAACCUCAUAGCUCAAGAAACAUGUUGUGAAAUAUCAGAUACUAAGUGCCCAGAGCAGGAUGGCUUUGGAAAUAUUGCAUCAUCAUCGGUAACUGCUCAUGCCAGUAAAAUGUCUUCAUAUCUGCCAGCAAAGCAGGAACUUAAAGACCAGUGCCAGUGCAUUCCAAACAAGGGAGAAGCAGGAUUACCAGGAGCUCCGGGUUCACCUGGGCAGAAAGGGGAUAAAGGAGAGCUGGGUGAAAAUGGUUUACAUGGUGUUCCAGGAUUACCUGGUCAAAAGGGAGAGCAAGGUUUUGAAGGCAGCAAAGGAGGAACUGGUGAAAAGGGUGAACAAGGAGAAAAAGGAGAUCCAGGUCUGGCUGGCUUUAAUGGAGAAAAUGGUUUGAAAGGUGACUUGGGUCCUCGUGGUCCACCUGGCCCAAAAGGAGAAAAGGGAGAUACAGGACCCCCAGGACCACCAGCCUUACCUGGUCCCCUGGGGAUACAAGGCCCCCAAGGUCCACCUGGAAAAGAGGGUCAAAGGGGAAGACGAGGGAAAACAGGACCUCCCGGAAAACCAGGACCCCCAGGACCACCUGGACCUCCUGGAAUACAAGGAAUACACCAAACUCUUGGUGGAUAUUAUAACAAGGAUAACAAGGGAAAUGAUGAACAUGAAGCUGGAGGCCUGAAAGGAGACAAGGGUGAGACUGGACUACCAGGAUUUCCAGGGUCUGUUGGCCCUAAAGGACAAAAAGGAGAACCUGGAGAGUCUUUUACAAAAGGAGAAAAAGGAGAUAGAGGAGAACCUGGGAUAAUAGGAUCACAGGGAGUAAAGGGUGAACCUGGAGAUCCUGGAUCCCCUGGUUUAAUGGGAAGUCCAGGACUAAAGGGUCAGCAAGGAUCUGCAGGCUCCACGGGACCCAGAGGACCGCCAGGAGAUGUUGGAUUGCCAGGAGAACAUGGUAUCCCAGGAAAACAAGGCAUUAAAGGAGAAAAGGGAGAUCCGGGUGGGAUCAUAGGCCCUCCCGGGCUUCCAGGUCCAAAAGGUGAGGCUGGUCCUCCAGGGAGAAGCCUGCCAGGGGAACCAGGAUUAGAUGGAAGUCCUGGAGCACCUGGUCCACGUGGACCAAAGGGUGAAAGAGGACUUCCAGGUGUUCACGGUUCCCCAGGGGACAUAGGCCCACCAGGGGUAGGAAUUCCUGGUAGAACAGGGUCCCAAGGACCACCUGGAGAGCCAGGUAUUCAGGGUCCUCGAGGUCUCCCUGGGUUGCCAGGAACUCCAGGGACUCCAGGGAAUGAUGGAGUUCCAGGGAGAGAUGGAAAGCCAGGCCUGCCAGGCCCCCCAGGUGACCCGAUUGCACUUCCUCUCUUGGGAGACAUCGGUGCUUUGCUCAAGAAUUUCUGUGGCAACUGCCAAGGCAGUGUCCCAGGGCUGAAAAGCAACAAAGGAGAAGAAGGAGGCGCUGGUGAGCCUGGAAAGUAUGAUUCCAUGGCCCGGAAGGGUGAUACAGGGCCACGGGGUCCUCCAGGAAUCCCAGGAAGAGAGGGACCAAAGGGAAGCAAAGGAGAGCGGGGCUACCCUGGGAUACCUGGGGAGAAAGGCGAUGAGGGUCUUCAAGGAAUUCCAGGCAUUCCAGGUGCUCCCGGCCCGACUGGACCCCCUGGCUUAUUGGGAAGAACUGGACAUGCUGGUCCCGCAGGAGCAAAAGGUGAAAAGGGCAGCGACGGACUCCCUGGGAAACCUGGACCACCUGGACCACCUGGUAUUCCAUUUAAUGAAGGAAACGGUAUGAGCAGUUUAUAUAAAAUUAAGGGAGGUGUGAAUGUUCCCAGUUACCCAGGGCCACCCGGUCCUCCUGGCCCAAAAGGCGAUCCUGGCCCAGUGGGAGAGCCUGGUGCAAUGGGGUUGCCAGGAUUAGAAGGAUUUCCAGGUGUAAAGGGAGAUCGAGGCCCAGCAGGUCCCCCAGGAAUAGCAGGGAUGUCGGGAAAACCUGGUGCCCCAGGGCCUCCAGGAGUUCCAGGGGAACCGGGUGAGAGAGGACCUGUCGGAGAUAUAGGUUUCCCUGGACCAGAAGGACCCUCAGGAAAGCCAGGAAUAAAUGGAAAAGAUGGAAUACCAGGUGCUCAGGGCAUCAUGGGUAAGCCUGGAGACAGAGGCCCCAAAGGAGAACGUGGUGAUCAGGGGAUUCCAGGAGACAGAGGCUCACAAGGUGAACGGGGAAAACCAGGCCUUACAGGCAUGAAGGGGGCCAUUGGUCCUAUGGGUCCACCAGGAAACAAGGGCUCCAUGGGAUCCCCUGGCCACCAAGGCCCUCCGGGCUCUCCAGGCACCCCCGGCAUUCCGGCUGAUGCAGUUUCAUUUGAAGAAAUAAAGAAGUAUAUUAAUCAAGAGGUCCUAAGGAUUUUUGAAGAGAGGAUGGCUGUAUUCCUAUCCCAGCUCAAGCUGCCGGCAGCAAUGUUGGCUGCCCAAGCUCAUGGGAGGCCUGGGCCACCAGGGAAGGAUGGGUUGCCUGGGCCACCAGGAGACCCUGGACCCCAAGGCUACAGAGGACAGAAGGGAGAAAGAGGUGAACCUGGAAUUGGGCUGCCAGGGAGUCCAGGUCUUCCUGGGACUUCAGCUCUGGGUUUGCCAGGCUCACCAGGUGCCCCAGGCCCCCAGGGCCCCCCAGGACCCAGUGGAAGAUGUAACCCAGAAGAUUGCCUCUAUCCUGUGUCUCAUGCCCAUCAGCGGACAGGUGGGAAAUGA